ACACUAUCGAAUCUUUUUUUUAUUUUUAUUUUUUUUAAUAAAUCAGUAGUACGCCUACUCCAUCUCUCUCUAUUCUGUGUCCAACGGAUAAGCAUAACCACCAUUUCUCAUCCCCUCAAAAAAGCUUACUCUUCCUUCAACAAUGGCGACUUCAACUUCAUCCUCCCUUUCUCUCUCCUUCUUCUCUUCCUCCCUUUUCUCCACUAAAUCCCACCACUUUUCUUCCAAACCAAUUCUCAAACUCCCCUCCUUUUCCCCUUCCCAAACCCCACUUUCUCUCUCCAUCAAAUCCGAGCUCACCCCUCUUCCAAUCCUCAAUUUCUCCGGCGAAAAAGUCGGCGAAACGUUUCUCAACCUCAAAACCGCCCCAUCCGAAACGGCCCGUGCCGUCGUUCACCGUGGUCUCAUCACCCAACUCCAGAACAAACGCCGUGGGACCGCCUCUACUCUCACACGUGCGGAAGUUCGUGGUGGUGGUCGGAAACCCUACCCACAAAAGAAAACGGGUCGGGCCCGACGUGGGUCACAGAGGUCUCCUCUCAGGCCCGGUGGUGGGGUUAUUUUUGGGCCCAAGCCCAGAGAUUGGUCCAUUAAGAUGAACAAGAAGGAGAAGAGACUUGCUCUUUCGACCGCCAUUGCUAGUGCUGCUGAGAACUCGAUUGUUGUGGAAGAAUUUGCGGAGAAUUUUGGGAAGCCUAAAACUAAGGAUUUUAUUGCGGCAAUGCAGAGGUGGGGGCUUGACCCAGCUGAGAAAUCGAUGUUUUUUUUUACGGAAUUGGAAGAAAAUGUGGAGAAAUCUGGGAGGAAUAUUAGGACUUUGAAGUUGUUGACUCCAAGAAGUUUGAAUUUGUUUGAUGUUUUGAAUGCUGAGAAGCUGGUUUUUACUCAAGGGGCUGUGGAUUAUUUGAAUCAAAUGUAUGGGGUUGAUUCUGUGGAUGAUGAAGACGAAGACGACGAGGAUGAGGAAGAGGAAGGAGAAGAUGUUGGUGAUGGUGAGGAAGCAGAUGGCACUCCUGAAGCUACCGAGUAAACAGGCAAACUGAGAUUUUAUAGCUAAGAGGAAUGUUAAUCGUAGGGAGAUCAGCAGACCCUGACUUAAUACAUGCUGCAAGUGCAAAGAUUUUGGUACAUGUAUUGUAUUUGAUGAGUUUUUAAAUGAAAUAUUUAUUCAUUGUAUUCGAUGUUUAUUCUGUAAUGGAGAUGUAUGUUUUGCUUGUUCAUAUCCACAUGUAGUAACUAGUAAGAGUUCCAUUUGUUGUAUACAAUGUUCCUCUAUAUAAAAUGCAGGGAAAAUUUAGUUUUGCUUGUCCA